UUUUACGUCUGGCAACGAAUUUUUGUUUUAUUAUUUUAUUGAUUUAUGGUUAUAUUUUUGAUAUUUUCUCCAUAGAAUCGGAUUUUCAUGACUUUAUUUCUUAAAAUAAAUUGUUUUAUUUCGGAUCAUGAUGAUCAUUAGAAUUCCAAUGAUCUUAAUAUAUUAUUAUUUUAAGUAAAAUUUUCUGCGAAGUUACAUUUAUUGCGAACUCCAAAAUGAUGGAAGACCCCGGUUUGAAACUAGAGAAGGAAACAAACAGUUUGAAACUGUUACGAGAGAAAAUGGAUAAAUGCAGCACUCUCAGCAAAGAUAUGUGUUCAAUUCUUACUUCAUUUGACGAGCAUUUAAUGAAACUUGAGCAGACAAUUUUGCCAGUUUAUUUAGAAACGGGAAAUUUGCAACGGAGACAAGAAAAUAUUGAUAAAAUUUUGGAUCGUUUAGAUUAUGUUAUUCAAUAUUAUAAUGUUCCUAAAGAAGUUGAAUCUAAAAUACGUGAUGGCCCUAGUGGUUGUCUACAAUCAUAUUUAGAAUGUCUUAAGAAGAUUCAGUCUUCAAUCGCUUUUUUUCAAAAGAAUAACCAAGACUGCCAAGAACUUGUUGAAUUAUCCACUCUCUACGAUGAUGGAGCUGAAUCUUUGCAAUCUGAAUUUCGCAAUAUUUUGUAUCGGUACAGCAAACCAAUAUCUGCUAUAACUGUUUUGGAUAUGCUUGGAAUGGAUGAUGAGAUGCCUACAGAUGAAGAUAAAGUAACAGUAGAACAGAUACCUGAAAAUGUUCUUCAAGAUUUAAUAAAGAUUAGUCAGUGGCUUCAAGCAAAUAAUUCAGAAGAAUAUAUUAAUGUCUACUCCGCUAUUCGCUCCAGUGUAUUAACUCGCUCAAUUCAGAACUUAAAAGAUCAUCUGAAAAAUUCUAGUGGAAGUAGUAAUACAUUGACUGUUCAAAAUUCACCGCAAAUGGGAAGCCGUCGAAGUAUAGCUAAAGAGUCCACUCCCCGAAGACCACCAAAGAAAAUUCAACAAAUGUUCGUGAGAAAAGCAACAGCUGUCAUUGCAAAGUAUUCUCCUACAGUUGAAAGUGCAAUGUUAGGGCAUAGGUUUCAGUCAUCUCAUUUAAAUGAAACGAAAGAUGAAGUUAUAGAAAAUGAUGUUAUGUCUUUUAUGACUUCGGUUAGUGGACUUUUAAAAUUGAUGCAGAGUGAACUCAACCUAAUGAAUGGUAUAAUUCCAAAUAAAAAUAAGAAGAUUGUUUUUGAAAGAGUUGUUACUCAAGCUAUGGAGAACCUUGUAUCUGAAGGAGAGUUGAUUGUGUCCAAAGUCAAAAAAAGUGUUUCGAGGCAUGAAUUUUCAGCUGCACUAAAUCUUUUUCCCAUUUUGCGCCAUUUGAUGGUUAUUAAGGCUGAUUUUGAAAAACUGUUCCAGGGGUGUUCCUCAACAUUGUAUGAUAAGCUGAGAGGUUUUGUCAUCACUGUUCAAGCAACUAUUAGUAAAACAUUAGAGGAAUUCAUUGAAAGUAUCAAGAAUGAUCCUGAUACCAAAAUGCCAAAGGAUGGAACAGUUCAUCAGUUGACUAGCAAUGCUAUAAUGCUAUUAGAACAACUGCAAGACUAUCAAGACAUUUUGAGUUCAGUCUUAACUCUGCAAGAUGCAUCAUUUGCUGCUUCCAAAGAUAAAGGAAAAUUGGCAUUUGCUCAGUACAUUACUCGAGUAUUAUCUACAUUGACUACAACUCUAAAUAAUAAAAGCAAUUACUAUAGUGAUGGCUUCUUAUGUGCAAUAUUUCGAUUGAAUAAUCUGCAUUACAUUCUUAAAGCCCUUCAGAGGACCGGUUUGAUUGAAAUAGUGAAACUGCAUGCUUCAGAUGUUGAGAAGAAUUUAAAUCUGCAAAUACGAGAUCAAAAACGAGUUUAUUCACAAAGUUGGAGUCGAGUUUUACAUUAUGUUAUGGAAGUUGAUAAACCAAUAUCUCAACAGAGAGCUGUUUCCAAUACAUCACAACUACCAUCAAGUAUGAAGUUGAGAGAUAAAGAUAAGCAAAACAUUAAAGACAAAUUUGCUGGAUUCAAUAAAGAAAUGGAAGAAAUAACACGGACUCAGAAAGCAUAUGCUGUACCUGAUGUGGAGUUGCGAGAAAGUUUGAAAAGAGACAAUAAAGAAUUUAUUAUUCCAAAAUAUACAAUGUUUUAUGAAAAGUACAUUGAUGCUGGAUUUACAAAGAAUACAGAUAAAUAUAUAAAAUACACACCUCAAGAUAUUUCGAACGUUAUUGAUACUUUCUUUGAUGCAGCAGCAUAGAACAUGUACAAGAAAUUCAUCAUAUAAUUAUUAUAAAAUAUCUAUUAAAUUAAAAAGAUUUAUAAUAUUACUGAAAUUUUUUUGUCCAAUUCUUGUUUUACUUUCUCUUUUUUUUUUUUUUUUUUUUUUUCCCUUUGCAAUAUUAACUGUUUGGUUCUCCUCUUUAUUUUUAUAUUGUUUAAUUGAUAGAUUAAAAUUAGAUACUUUACAUUAAGCUGCAUAUGUUGUUACAACAAUUUUGUGCAGCUUUUAAUAUUUUCUAUGAUCUGUAUAUAUUGAACAUUUUUACUCUCUUAAGGAUGAAUAUCCGGGGCUAAGAUUUUUAUUGGUGCUCAGAGUUGUAAAUAAGAAGCGAUCUUUAUGACUUUUGUAUAAAAUACGUAGCUUGUAUAACAGUUAAUAUUAAACUUUAUCUCUGUAGUUUUGAAAUCUUUGUUUGUGUGCAAGCAUAGUUAGUUUAGUCUUUAAAACUUGAUAAGUAAAAUACAUUCAGCCUUGUAUAAUGCUUCGGUUUUUGCGAGAUAAUGAUUAAGAAAUAGUUUAUUUAUUAGUAUACUGGAAAGACAUGGGACUAUUAAUUCUCUCCUGUGAAUAAAAUUUUUUAAACAAAAAAAAUAUUUUUGCAUGUUUGUCAAUUUUUAAUUCCUCAUAUACUGAGCUGAAGAAAUGCUUGUUAGAAUUGAAUUAGACAGUAUCAUAAAGUCGGAAAGAGGGAAUUCACUCUCUCCUUCAUUUUUAUUGUUAUAUUGAUCACAGCUUUAAUAGAUCUUUGCUUGCUUCAGUAUAUUCAACCUAAACUUUGCUGUUUCUGCACCCAUUCGUGCGUUCUGAGUAAAUUAUAUAUAUCAAGUCAUCAAAAAGAAAGCAAUGUGUUUUCCUAAAACUUUUAAUUACUGAUUAGAAAUAUUCAGCUUAACGAACUGAUUUUGAAAUCUAGAAUAUUAUAACAAAUAUGUUGUAAUGGCAAUUUUGGAUAGAUGUUGAUAUUGUUUUCCGUGUUCUGUAUAUAUUAAAUGUUAGUAUAGAAUUAUUAAAUGUUAUUAAGCAUAUUUACUCUCUCUCUCUCUCUUAUGGAUCGAUAUCCAGGCGUAGGAUGACAGGGUGCUCAAAGUUGUAUAUAAAAAAUGUCCUUUUAUGGCUUUUGUAUAAAAUAGAUAGCUUGUAUAUCCUAGUAAUACUGAACUUUAUUUCUAUAGUUUUGAAUUUUGUGUGUGUGUGUGUGUGUUAACAUGAUUAGAAUAGUCUUUAAAACUUGAUAAGCAAAAUGCAUUCAGCUUUAUAUAACACUAAUUUUUUGUAAGAUGAUGACUUAGAUUAUUUAUUAGCAUAUUGGAAAGACAGGGAAUUACUAAUACCAUGCUAUGAAUCAAACUUUUUGGAGACAAAAAAAAAAAUGUUUGCUGUGUUUGUCAGUUUUUAAUUCCUUAUACGAUGAGCUGGAGAAAUGCAUGCUGAUAUUGAGUUGGACAGUAUCAAAGAGGCAGAAAGAGGGAAUUCACUGUCUCCUUCAUUCUUACUAUUAUACUUAUCACAGCUGUAAUAGAUCUUUGAUAGUAUCCAACUUAAAGUAUAUCCGUUUCUGCACCUAUUCGUAUGUUCUGAGUAAAUUAUAAGACUCGAGUCGUCAGCAAAAAAGCGACAAUAUUCAGCUUUACGAAUUGAUUUUGAAAUCUAUAAUAUUAUUACAAAUAUGUUGUAAUGGCAAUUUUGGAUAGAUGUUAAUAUUAUUUUCUGUGUUCUGUAUAUAUUGUACGUUUUUUCUUCCUUAAGGAUGUAUAUCCGGGGCUCAGAUUAUAAGUGGUGCUCACAAUUGUACAUAAAAAAAAGGCCUUUUAUGGCUUUUAUAUAAAAUAGGUAGCAUGUAUAAUAGUUAAUAUUAAACUUUAUUUCUGUAGUUUUGAAAUCUUUUGUGUGUGUGCGUGUGUAUGUGAGAACAUGAUUAGUGUAGUUCUUAAAACUUUGUAAUUAAAAUACAUUCAGCCUUUUAUAAUACUUCAUUUUGCAAGAUGGUGAUUAAGAGAUAGUUUAUUUAUUAGUAUAGUGGGAGGGCAAAGGGCUAUUAAUAUCCCCCCCCCCCAGUGAAUCAUCAAACUGUUAAAAAAAACUUUGGAGGCAAAAAUAAAUGCAUGUUUGUCUGUUUUUAGUUCCUCAUAUGCUUAAGCUGAAGAAAUGCAUGCUGGAAUUGAACAGUAUCAUAUAGUCAAAAAGAGGGAAUUUACCCUCUCCUUCAUUUUCAUUAUUAUACUGAUCACAACCUUAAUAGAUCUUUGAUUGCUUUUGUGGUAUCCAACCUAUAAACUUUUCCUGUUUAUGCACACAUUCAUACUUUCUGAGUAAAUUACAUGCAUUAAAUCAUCAAAAAGAAAGAGAUGUGUUUUUCUAAAACUCUUAAUUACUGAUUAGAAAUAUUCAGCUUACUGAAUAGAUUUUGAAAUCUGUAAUAUUAUGACAAAUAUGUUGUUUGUAAUGUGAAUUUUGGAUAGAUGUUAAUAUUAUUUUCUGUGUUCUGUAUAUAAUGGUUUUUUUCUUCCUUAAGGAUGAAUAUCCGGGGCUUAGAUUUUUAUUGGUGCUCAGAGUUGUAUAUAAAAAAAAGCCUUUUAUGGCUUUUGUAUAUAAUAGAUAGCUUGUAUAAUAGCUUAAUAUUAACUUUAUUUCUGUAGUUUUGAAAUCUUCUUUGUUUGUGUGUGAACCUGAGUAGUUUUGUCUUUAAAACUUUGUAAUUAAAAUACAUUCAGCCUUGUAUAAUGCUUCAUUCUGCAAUAUGGUGAUUAAAUUUAAUUUAUAUGUUAAUAUAGUGGCAGGAUGGGAGUUAUUAAUACUCUCCUGUGAAUCAAAUUAUUGGAAAAACUUUAGAGGCAUAUAUAUAUAU